CUCGGAUCGAGCUGAGUAUUUUUGAAACUAUUUCAAGUAGCAGCUUCGUUAAUUGCUUGCUGCUUCGCCCGUUCAAAUAUAGUUUGAUGAGGAGCGUACAUUCUGAUGGAAUCCUACCUGGAAAUGAUGAGGAGGGUGAAGGGCUGAUCAGAAGCAAGGAUGUGGAAGUGGAUCCAGACAUGCGAGUCAUCCAACUGAUGCAAAGUAAGCUGUCCGGAUUGCCGAAAUUACUCACCCAAUUGGCCCGCGGCAGUCUCAAAAGCGAGAUUUUCCGGGUACCCCGGGAAUUGUUGGGCACCAAUUCGGAAGCGGACGCGCGUCCGUAUCAGCCUCGCGCAUUCUCAAUCGGUCCAUACCACCACGGGAAGCCGCAUCUGAAGGAGAUGCAGGAGUACAAGUGGAGGUUCCUGGAGAUACUGAUACAGAGGACGAUAGAGGAAAAGGGUGUGGGUUUGGCACACUACACAAAAGCUGUGAGAGGAUUAGAAGCACAGGCCAGGGAAUGCUAUUCUGAGGCUAUCAAUCUCAGCAGCGAUGAGUUUGUAGAGAUGAUGGUUCUCGAUGGCUGCUUUGUGCUUGAAAUCUUUCGGGUAAAUAGCUGUGCAGUUGGAACAGACCAUCCAUUGACGUCAAUAGCGGAACUCAUACGUGGUAGAUUCCAGCAAGACUUUUUCUGCCUGGAGAAUCAAAUACCAUACAUCCUGCUCCAGACAUUGUUCACACUUACUCAAACAGACAGCGAUCGGUUGCCCGAGGGCCGCCUCGAUCCUCUGGCCAACAUGGCCCUCUACUUCUUCUACCGCCACCCGGAGGAUGUGCCCCGGGGGGUGUUCGAGAGGGAUUUUAAAGUCCUGCAUCUGCUCAAUUUACUCCGGAAAAGUUUCUCCCUUCCUCCUGGAAUGCAAUUAUUAGGAAUACAUUUAUUAGUCGGGCGUGUAGUCCCAGCAUCCAAAGUUACCAACUUUUACGACCUCGAGAGCAUCCAGAGCAUCUCGAAGCUGCGCCGAGCCGGAAUCAAGCUGAAGCUGCAAGCUGAGAGGAGUAGUUUCCUGGAGGUGACAUUCGAGCGGGGAGUGAUCUCGAUGCCCCUGCUAGUGUUGGACGACAACAUGUGCGACAUCUUGCAGAACUGCGUGGCGUUCGAGGUUUGCUACCCGCAGAUGGUAAACUGUUUCAUGUCGGAAUACGCACGGUUUCUGAGCUGCCUCAUACUCACCCGCGAGGACGUGGCUAUUUUGUGCGAGGCCAAGGUCUUGCGAAACCAUUAUGGGACGGCAGGUGCGGUCGCUGCCUUUGUGAGCAAGCUCCGCAUGGCGGCGCUGUCCAAUUAUCAAGGCCCCAGGCCCCCCAGCUACUUGUGGCAAGUGUAUGGUGGCGUGAACGACUACAACGACAACAAUUUGCACAUUUAUUUGGCCGAGGUCAAGCACAAAUAUUUCAGCUCCCCUUGGUCCCUCAUCUCACUCUUAGCUGCCUUUUUUCUUCUCCUUCUCACCGUCCUCCAGACCAUUUUUGCCAUUUUGGAUUAUAAAAAGAAAACAUAGACAAACUGUAGAUUACCCAUAAAUUCAAAUAUGUAU